AGUUUAAGCACUUGUAUGCAUAGGAAACAGUUCUCGCUUUAUGUAUUCAAGAUCAUAGUACCAACCAUUAUUGGGGAAUAGAGAAAGAUUGACUUUAUGAGUAACAACCGUUUAUAUUCAAUGCUUUGUUUAGCUACAACAGAAGAAAAGAGGAUUAGGUUGAAGACAAAGAAAACAGAUCAAGAGGCACUAAGAAUAAAUAAAGUAAAUAUUCUGAAAGAAAAAAAAAAUUACAAACAAUGUUUCGUUUUUGUAAGGCAUGGUAUUGAAUGGUUGCUAUAGCUAAAGAAUUCUAUGUGUAAAAAAGUCUUUAAGACGACUUAUCUUCUAACUCGAAAUGAGCCCUGCAUAAGGCUAAUAACUCGACUUCCAGUUAAGUCAGUUUUGGUAAUUUGAUUUAUUAGAUUUAGAGCGAUUGUUCC